UGACAGCAUGGAAAUGAGUCUAUGUGCUGUCAACUCCCAUUUCAAAAUGGCUCAUCCUCUGUUUUAACAGGUAACUAUGAAUGAUCAAGCGGUCAUUGAGGGGCAAGAAGUGACCAUGUCUGUCCGACUAAAUGGACAGCCCAAACCCAUGCUUUAUUGGCUGAGGGACAGGGAGACAAUGAAAACAGACUUGCACCACACAGUGAGUGAGACCAAGGACGGCACUUUUGAAAUGACCAUCAACUCAGCUCAGAAGUCGGACACGGGAGUGUACACCUGCAAGAUCAUCAAUGAGUAUGGAACAAAGCAGUGCGAAUGCAAACUGGAGGUGAAAGUGCCACCAGUGGAGUCAGGCCUAACCAUUAUCCGUCCAGUGAUGGACAUCACAGUGGACGCAGGUGAGACGGUCAUGUUAGAGUGCCACAUAAUUGGACCACUGGACACAGACGUCGAUUGGCUUGCAGAUGGUAAACUGAUCCAGCCAGCUCUGCUCAACUGCAAAAUGCAUUUUGACGGGAAAAGGUGCAGGCUGCUCCUCAACUCAGUGCACGAGGACGACAGUGGCACCUAUACGUGCAAGCUGACCUCGGCCAAAGAGGAACUGACCUUAAGUGGCCAACUCAAAGUCAUCCCUUCCAUCAAGCCCCUUUUCACCCGCAAGCUGGAUGCCUUAGAGGUGAUUGAGGGACGUAACGCCCGCUUUGACUGCAGGGUCAGCGGAACACCACCUCCAAAAGUCAGCUGGGGACAUUUUGACCAUACACUGGUAGAGAGUGACAAUGUGCAGAUCUUACAAGAGGGAGGACGUCACUCCCUCAUAAUCUCUCAUGUCACCAAUGAGGACGAGGGCUUCUACACAGUCAUCGCUUGCAAUCCACACGGCGACGCCGAGAGUGCCGCUGAGCUCUAUGUCCAGGAGCCCAAACCUGCUAUGUCAUCUCAAAUGGCGAAGCUAGAGAAGAUGCCAUCCAUCCCGGAGGAGCCUGAGGUGCUGGUCAACGAGGUUGAGCGCUUUACCAUGCCUGACUUUGUCAAGCCACUGUACGACCUGGACGUGAUUGAGGGCACGGAGGCCGUGCUCAAGUGCAAGGUGGCCGGCCUGCCGUACCCCACCAUUGUGUGGUUCCACAAUGGCAAGAAGAUCGACAGCAUGGAGGACAGGAAAUUGACACAGUUCAGAGACAUCCACAGCCUGGUCAUCAGCUCUGUCUGCCAUGCUCACGGAGGGGUAUACAAGAGUGUCAUCGCCAACAAGGUGGGCAAGGCCACUUGCUAUGCCCAUCUAUAUGUGACUGAUGUUCUUCCAGACCCUCCAGAUGGGCCACCAGUAAUAGAGGCGGUUACUGGCAAGACUAUCACCCUGAGCUGGAAGAAACCCCGGAGGCUGGAUCCCUCUAUUGAUCCAAACACGUUGACGUAUGCCAUCCAACAACAAGAGCUGGGCUCGAUCCAGUGGACCAUCAUAGUGUCCAGUCUGAAAGACCCUUGCUACACAGUGACCAGCUGCUCCAAAGGAGUCUGCUAUGCCUUCAGGGUCCUGUCAAUCACCACCAAGGCCUUUAGCAAACCCUCUCCGUCCACAGACCCAGUGCAACUUGUCAACAGAGGUCCAUAUCUUCAGGAGGGUCCGGUGAUCAUUGAUAAGCCAGACAUAGUCUAUGUCCAGGAGAACCUGUCAUUCAGCAUCACCAUCACUCUGAACCACGUCAAUGCUUCAGUUAUCUGGAAGAGCUCACAGUAA